UCUUUGUCUCUGGAUCAGAGGUGAAGCAGCUUCCUAUGAAUGAUAGAAGUGCCACAAAAGAAGAAAUCUGGAAAAGAGAAAGGAAAUAAACGAGGAAAUAUUAAGACAAAUACAUAAAAUAUUUUUCUAUUUUUUAAGUUUAUUUACACAUCAAAAGCAGACAUAGAUCCCAAUGCAGAACCCUGAUGAGGAAAACAAUGGAAUGGAAAGAAAGAAGUAAAACAAUCCUCAAACCCAUCUAAAACUGUAACAACAAAUAAAACCAACAUGUAUAAACUAUAUAUAAGAGAAUUAUAUAAUAUAAGAGUAUUUAUAAGACUGGCCCACCGGGUAUUGAUGGGAUGACAACCAUGCCUAUGAAAAAUAACUUUCUUAUGAGACUGCUAAUACACUGCCUUGUUGAUUUAUGUACUUUUCUCAUAAACUUAAACCAACACCAUCCAUCCUGUCUCAUUAUUUUAUACAACAUCUAGCGGAAACUGGAGAUAUGAUUAAAAAGAUCAUAUUAGGAAUACUGCUUAAGGUGAGAAUAAUAAUAAUAAUAAACAUAACAUUAAGAAACCUUUAUUAGUCCCUCAGUGGAGAAAUUUCUUUGUUGCAGCAGUACAGGUGCAGUAGCAGAAGAACACACACACAAAAAUAAGUAAUAUAGUAAGUACAGUAUAUGGUCUGACAGGUAUUAAAAAGAAAUGAAAUUACCAAAUGAAAUGUCUUUACACUGGAACAAAUACAGAUAUAAGGCAGCUUCGUCCUGCUGGUGUUCUGCUGUGGGUGGUGAUCUAAGAAUGCCUGAAACAUGGCGGCUCAGGCGGGCUAGUCUAUGCCCCCGCUUUCUCUCUCCUGUUCUUUUCUCUCUUGUUUGUUCUUUGUCACACCCUCACCAGGUUCUCCCCUACUCCACACCAAUUUCUCCUUGGAUUGCUCAUACUGUAAGUCCGCACCUCUUGCAGCCAGGCACUCUCUGGACUCCUAAUCAUUCACGCCUGUCUCCAGUCUCUUCACCAGUCCUUAUAUUCUCCAACACCACUCACUUUCCCUGUCGGACCUUAACGUUGCUACAUUCAUGGACGUCUCCUCUUCCCCUUCCUUGCUCCGUGGGUCCAGGAUGAUCAGUCUACUCCUGCAUAACUGCCAGUGGUAGGACCAUUCCUCCGGUUCACCCAUGUUUCAUUAAAGUAUGUUAACCUUCUUCUGUCUCUGACGGUUCCAUGUGUAACAGAAGGUCUGACCUACAUGAGCUGGCCUUAUGAGGAACCCACAUGCUGCCAACACUUGGAGCAUUGUCCAUACCUGGACAAGGACUCCUAUUUGAACAGUCCAGCAGGGUCUUAUCUACCCUUCGUAUGGGUGGCAACCCCCAACAGGUCCACGUCUCCUGUGUCCCCGCCGGCUCCCAGGUCCACGUCUCCUGUGUCCCCGCCGGCUCCCAGGUCCACGUCUCCUGUGUCCCCCCCGGCUCCCAGGUCCACGUCUCCUGUGUCCCCCCCGGCUCCCAGGUCCACGUCUCCUGUGUCCCCGCCGGCUCCCAGGUCCACGUCUCCUGUGUCCCCGCCGGCUCCCAGGUCCACGUCUCCUGUGUCCCCGCCGGCUCCCAGGUCCAUGUCUCCUGUGUCCCCACCGGCUCCCAGGUCUGCUACGGCUCCGCUGUGUCCGAUGUCAGCGCCACGGUCCUGCCCAGGUCUUUAGCGUUCGAUGCCAGCUCCCAGUUUCACGCAGCCUCCGGUGGUUCCUGUUUCCUAGGAGGUCUGUGGUCGAGACGCUCCUCACCGGCCAGCCAUAAAAUGUCAAUCAUCUGCUUGACGGUGUUUUCUGGUCAGAUUACACACAUGUGUACAACAGAGGGUGGAGGACGCAAGGAUGGAAGACGCAAGGAUGGAGGACACAAGGAUGGAGGAGACAAAGAUGGAGAAAGAAGGAUGGAGGAGAGAAGGAUGGAGCUGUUAGUCUGUAUGUUUCAGUCAUAGUUGUUGUUGUUAUUGGUGGAGGUGUUAAUUUAAUACUUUUUAUAAGAAGCCAGAGAUCAAACCUUCCUCCACCUGCAGCAACACCAAGAGCAGGUCUAAAUAUUUGUUAUUUCUCUCUCUGAACAUCAGAGCUCUGAGUGUCCUGCUUCAGUUUCUCGUCCUAAGUGGCAUUUCAACGCCGUGAGAGUAUAAAUCCAGCUUUGGUGCUUCACAAGAUUACUUGUUAUUCAUCUUCAUAUAUGUAAAAUAAAUUUUAUGGGUGUGAGAAUCAAGUUUUUGUCUUCAUGUCAGAUUCAGCUUAAAGGUGGAGGAUC